UCUGAGGCCAUAUUUAGCAAAUGAGAAGAGCUACUGUUUAAUGGCAAACUUCAUGCACUGGGCAACUUGGAAUUCUCAGCCAGCUCCUCUCAGAAUUCCAAAUUCUACUUCCCUGCCCUGACAGCAGAGGGACUUCGCACGGAGGUGGUGUUUUUCUCGGAUUCCAGAGGCGGAGGCUUCCAAAGCACUGGCCUUUUCCACAAACGCCCCCUACCCACUCUGGAACGCACCUGCAGCCCCAAACGGAAACGGCGAGGAACGCAACGUGGCAGGAAAAUCAGCAAUUGCCCUUUCACCUCCUUUCGGAUCGUCAGACCAUGCGCUUCAUUCACGCAGAAUCUGGACAACUAAAGCAGAACGUAAAUUUAUAGUCUGAAAAGAAUGUUGGUUACGUGGCGAGCCCAGGUUGAAGAAAUAUGGAUACCAACACCAUACUGGUCCUCAGCACUAGUUUUGCCAGCUUUUUCACCUUUCAGAUUAUUUUCCACAUUGUAAGUUAUUGGUUUUCAGCAAAGAUUUCUCCAGGUUUUAAUAAUCUCAACUUCAAAAAGAAGAUUGAAUGGAACUCAAGGGUGGUAUCUACGUGUCAUUCUUUGGUGGUUGGGGUUGUUGGCUUGUACAUUUUCUUCUUUGACGAGGCUGCUAUUGCUGAUCCACUUUGGGGUGAUACAUCUCUUGGGAAAGUGAAUAUUGCUAUUGCUUCAGGCUAUCUCGUUUCUGAUUUGUUGAUUCUCAUUUGGUAUUGGAAAGUGAUUGGUGAUAAGUAUUUUGUAAUUCACCAUUGUACAGCGCUGUAUGCAUACCACUUUGUACUGAAGGAUGGUGUGCUGGUGUACAUUGGGAAUUUCCGCCUGCUUGCAGAACUUUCCAGCCCUUUUGUGAAUCAGCGGUGGUUCUUUGAGGCUCUGAAGUAUCCUAAGUUUUCCAAGGCUAAUGUCAUCAAUGGAAUACUUAUGACGGUGGUAUUCUUCGUAGUGAGGAUUGCCUCGAUACCUCCUUUCUACAGCUACAUGUACUCUGUGUUUGGGACGGAAGCCUACAGAAGGCUUGGAUUUUUAAUUCAGUUUUCCUGGAUUACUACUUGUGUGGUUUUGGAUGUGAUGAAUGUCAUGUGGAUGAUCAAAAUUUCAAAGGGGUGCAUCAAAAUCAUCUCUCUCUUAAGACAAGAGAAAGCCAGAAAGAGUCUUCAGAAUGGAAAACUUGACUAAAAGUGGGCUAUCGAUAAGCAUACUUCAUUACUACCCACAUUGUAUCUUCUGACAGGAUAAAUUCUUGGCAUGUUCUUGUGCUUCUUUAUUAAUUAUACUUGGUAUUCAUACUUUCAGUGUCUUUUUAUCUUAACCAUUAGAAAAGAGAGACUAAAACAGUUUUUUUCCCUCAAGAUUUAUUUUCUAAUUUUCUUCUGCAUUAUAAGCAUGGAUAAAAUCUUAAAGAUUAAAAUAAAAAUGUAUAAAUAUUGAUCGUGAAUCUUUUUGGAAAUCUGUUCACUGGCAUUGGUACUUUUCUCUGUGAAAAGAUGACUGUGCUAACUUGGUGCACUUGGUUUUAUGUCACUGAUUUUGCUGAAAGAAUGGGAACUGCCUUUAAAUCUGUAAACAGCUCUCCACAUUCUGAUGCACUGUGCUUAUUUCUUACUAUGGCUGUCAAUUCCUGGAGUAGAGUUUGAUUUCCAAAUUAUUGAAAUGUUCUUUUACUUAGACUAUUAGAUGUGAUGUCUUUUUCAUUUCAAUUUGCUAUCAUCUACUAAUAAUGAAGUAUUUUGCUUACUUUGGGAACCUCUAAUUAGUUUUCAUGGGAAAUAUUUCCUACAAUUUUAGAUUUUUCUGACAUCACUUUAUUAUAUCUGUUUUUAACAUUUUAUCAAAUUAUUGCUUUUUUUCUUAAAUAGUAAAGCUUAAGACCAAUCUAAUAGAGCUCCUUAAGAGAUGAAUUCUUCCUUCUAAACAUGCAUGUUCUAGAUGGCUAGUUAGACUAAUACGAGGAGUCAUUAAGAAAAAGGCUUUAACACUGCUGUCUCUAUCUGCUUCCCUUGCAUUUUUUUUUCUUUGAAAACUGUAUUAUUUCUAUUUGGAAAACCUCCCAUGAAUUCUGAACCCAACCUCUUUUAGCACCACAGUCUUGUGCAAUAUAUAUUUAUCAUGCUCCUAAAGUAAGCCUUUCUUGAUGAGACCAAAACUGCAAAAACUAAAUAAAUAAGUCAGUAUUCAUAUUUUACUCACAAUUUACA